GCAUCUACCCCUGGCAGCUGAAUACAAUCACGCAUCCUAUAAAGUCCAGCUCUCUCACAGAGCGCGAUGGUUGUCCUUGACGAGAAGACGGUUCUUCCCCCACCAUACAGCAGCAUGCAGCAAUACCGAUCCAACAACCCCUUCAACCGACUCAACCCGCUCAGUCCAAGCAACACUGGCUCCAAUGCUGGUCUACCACCCUUUCCUCGCCCACCUGGUCCGCUGGCGACCCUCAUCUCUCUGCCACAGCACCUUCUCCUCAAGAUCCUUUACAUGUCCUUUCCAAUGGACGCUGGUCCGCAUCGAGACGUGAGCACCGUCGAGAGGCAGCGCAAGACCCUCUGGUGGAUGGAGACUCAGCUGAGAAGGGUAAACCGCGCGUUCUACGUUGCAUGUAUGCAUAUACUACGCUCCACAUUUCUCCCCGCCUAUGAUACCCUUAUCCGGCCGCCUUACACGUCCGAUCCCUUUCCCCUCACCGGCUCCUCUUCCUCAUCUAGACCUGCCGGAUCUACCACUACCAUGCCCUCAUAUACACCUACACCUGCACACACUUCUCCCUACGGCGAACGCCCUUCAUCGUCCGCAGCCCGCAGGAGGGACAUGGUGAUCGGCGGCCCGUUACAGCAGCGCGAGACGGCGGUGCUCGACCUGUUCAUCGCGCUCAAGAUCCGCGAGGACGUCUUCCUCGACGACACCGAGCUGCACAACGAGCGCGACGAGUCCUUCCGCGACCUGUUUGAGCUCAUGCAGCCCCGAGCGCGCCUUGAGGACCUCGUGCGCAUAUAUGGUGUGCGCGAAGGCGUAGUCUCGGCCGGUGACGAAAGCCCGUCGAGUUCCCGUCGAUCGUUGAGUGCUGCCAAACCGUCGUCGUCGCGGCCAGUCUUGCAACAACAGCAAACACCACAGCUAGCGCAGAAAGCGUCGCCAUCAUCAUCAGGCGGAAGCUCCUUUGCGUCACGCUUCAAAGUCUGGUCCUCGAAGAAGGAAGCGCCCAAGCCCGCUGCCCCUCCUCCACGGCCUGCGCCCCCGCCUCCGCUUCCAUUUGACCGUCUGAGCGUCACGCUUCAGCCUCGUAAAGCCGGGCUCGUCAUGUCGUCUCCUUCUGCAGCACGGAGUAGGCAAACCCUCGUCGAGGUUGAACGGUCUCGCAGCGAGAAGCUCGAGAUCAUCGCGAAACGGCUUGUUCGUGCACUCAAGGAGGACAGAGAGGAGGAUUGUUAGAGGUGCAUUAUACACGUACGCACUCGAUGUAUCAUUAUGAUGUUCUUUUUUAUGGGUUUAUCUACUGCAGCACAUAUACUUGUACGCC